AGUGAUAAUUAGAUGGGAAAAAGAAAGUGUAUGGGAUUCUACUCUCAAUUUUAAUAAAGAAAUCGAUUUUUAAAAAAUUUUAAUUGUACACAUCUUUCUUUCAUUAUUGAAUACACGAUCAACGAAGAAAAUGUUUUCACUCACGCGAAAAUGGUCACAAUUGCGGUCCAGUGUAAAUGCAAUCACAUCAGCGAGCGCCACCAAUAGUAGCAGCAGCAACAAUGGCAUCAGCAAUGGAAUCCAUUAUCAUUGGGAAACAAAGCACAAUACACAGAAAUUAGCUUUGAAAGCGCCGCAUGAGCACAAAUUGUUGAAAAGAUAUGAACGCACUUUAUCAACACUAACGAAUCAUUCAGUGCCAAUAGCUGGACGUGUAACAAUAUCAAAGGAGGAAAGUCGUGACUUCAUGGCCGUAUUUCCAGAUGUUGUGCGCGAGCUGUCCGAAGUAGCUAAAAGUUACAAAACACAUGAAGCUGCGACCUGGUUCACAAAGGCCCUAGAGUACAAUGUGCCACUUGGCAAGAAGAACCGUGGUCUACUCACCGUUUUAACGUAUAAAAAUUUAGUCAAACCCGAUGACCUCACACCCGAAAAUAUAAAAUUGGCGCAAUAUCUCGGCUGGUGUGUUGAAAUGCUGCAAUGUUUCUUCAUCAUUUCCGAUGACAUCAUGGACAACAGCACUACGCGACGCGGCCAGUUGUGUUGGCACAAAUUGGAGGAAGUUGGCUUAAUUGCCAUCAAUGAUGCGCUGAUGAUUGAGAAUGGAAUCUUUGAAUUGCUACGUAAAAAUUUCCGCCAUUUAGCUUGUUAUGUUGAUCUGCUAGAACUUUUCCAUCAAAUAACUUUCAUUACAACUUGUGGUCAAUCUUUGGAUUUGUUAAAUGCCAAUAAAAAUGUCAGCACCUUCACUAUGGACAAAUACGACUCCAUUGUUGCGAAUAAAACUGCAUAUUAUACUUUCUAUUUGCCUGUAGCAUUGGCUUUGCAUUUGGCGGGCGUUAAAGAUCGCGAGAUUUUCCGCCAAUCCAAAACCAUUCUUUUGGAAAUGGGUCACUUAUUUCAAGUGCAGGAUGACUUUCUCGAUUGUUUUGGAAAUUCCGAUAUUACUGGUAAAAUCGGCACAGAUAUACAGGACAACAAGUGUUCCUGGUUAGCGGUGGUUUGCAUGCAGCGUGCUAGUGCCGAACAAAAAGCUAUAAUGGAGGAGUGCUAUGGGAAAAAUGAUCCAGAGAAAAUCGCGCGUGUUAAGCAACUUUACGAAGAAUUAGACAUUGCCAGCUUAUACGCCAUAUACGAGGAAGAAAAAUACAAUUUGAUAAAAACGCACAUCCAACAAAGCUCACUUGACAUACCACAUGAGAUCUUCUUACAAAUACUAAAUAAAAUUUAUCAAAGGGACUCAUAAGCAAGAAUGCAGAAAAUAGAAUAAUAAUAGUGUCACGAAUGCAGCUAAUGUUUGACAGCUACGUCGUGAAGUCAAACAAUUUACUAUUUAAAUUUUCAACACCGGGAGCGUUGUCAAUAUCCAUUCGUUUACACUAUGUUUAAACUUUGAUGGACUCCGGUUGGUGCAAUGUUCAGCCAACUUAUUUAAGUUUUUAUUAAUGUAAUGGCGUUUUUGUAAAUGUCACAAUGUUGUAAAAAAUGAUGUAUAUGUAUAUCUCCGAUAGCCAAGAUAACGAUUUAAAUAUGUAUGUAUAUACAUAAAUAAAGGAA